AUGUCUGGGCGUGGAAAGGGCGGUAAGGGUUUGGGAAAGGGAGGAGCGAAACGACACCGAAAGGUCCUCCGGGACAACAUCCAAGGCAUCACGAAGCUGGCCACUCGCCGUCUAGCUUGCCGUGGUGGAGUGAAGCGUAUCUCCGGCCUCAUCUAUGAGGAGACUCGUAGCAUCCUCAAGGUCUUCCUUGAGAACAUCAUCCGCGACGCGUUUACUUACACCGAGCACGCUCACCGGAAGACGGUGACCGCAAUGGACGUCGUGUAUGCUCUCAAGAGACAGGGCCGCACCUUGUAUGGAUUUGGCGGUUAG